CUAGGAUAUUAUCAUGAAAGGAACGUCAUGUGUGACGUCCGAACAAUGCAGCACAAUCGCAAUUAUUUGAUGAAACACCACACAGAGGCAUGCACAAUGAAAAAACGUUGGUUUUUAGAUCACGAUGAGAGGGAUUAUUUGCCGUAUCCGCUGUUUUGAGCAUCCUGUAUAUGCAGUGCUAUACUGGUAGAGAGCGCGGUGGAAAUCAACAACAUCUAUAUUCUCCGUGGUCUAUGAGGCGUCGCCAUUCAAAUGAGUUUGUACAAUGGCCAAAGACUUUAGAGAUGAUAUUCAUUAAGACGAAAAAUCACAGAUGUGUAUGUGCUUUAGAAGGAGUCUGAUAAUAUAUGUCACGAGUGACCACCUUCAAA